CCCACAUCAAAACAUACAACACCCCCUUUCAUUUUUUUUCUUCUUUUUAUAGAGAGAAAAAAAUGUAUCGUUUAUCAGCACUCAGCAGAGUGUCUCGUACACUUAAGCCCUCAGUUCAGGCUAUUCCUCAAGCUACCCGUCAAUCUAUUUAUCGCUCCUCUUCAGUUGCACCUUUUCAUACUACCCGAACACGGCUCGCUGCACCCGAGACUAACGAUGGCUUCUUACAUGGCAGUUCAGCCAAUUACAUUGAAGAAAUGUACGAAGCUUGGUUAAAAGAUCCUUCCUCUGUUCACUUGUCUUGGCAAGUCUACUUCAAGAACAUGGCUAAUGGUGUUUCUCCCGGUCAAGCUUAUACUCCUCCUCCUACUCUUGUUCCCUCGGCCAGUGCCCGUUUGCCUGUCUUGCCCGGCGAAAGUGGUGCUUCUGGUUCUGAUGUGAUUGACCAUAUGAAGAUCCAACUUUUGACCAGAGCUUACCAAGUCCGUGGUCAUCACAUUGCUAACUUGGAUCCUCUCGGUAUUCAACACGCUGACCUUAACUCUUCUACUCCUCCUGAAUUGGAAUACUCUUACUAUGGUUUCAAGGAUAGCGAUCUCGAUAGACAAUUCACUAUUGGUCCCGGUAUUUUACCUGCCUUCACCAAGUCUGGCGCCACUCUCACUCUUCGUGAAAUUAUUGCUCAUUUGAAGAAGAUUUACUGUGGUUCCAUUGGUGUUGAAUAUAUUCAUAUCCCUGAUCGUGCUCAAUGUGAUUGGAUUCGUGAACGUAUCGAAACUCCUCAGCCUUUCAAGUACACUGCUGAUGAAAAGCGUGUCAUUUUUGACCGUUUGACUUGGUCUGACAGUUUCGAACGUUUUGUUGCUUCCAAGUACCCCUCUGAAAAGCGUUUUGGUCUUGAAGGUGGUGAAACCUUGAUCCCUGGUAUGAAGGCUAUGAUUGAUCGUUCUGUUGAUCUUGGUGUUGAAUCCAUUGUGAUUGGUAUGCCUCACCGUGGUCGUCUUAACGUCCUCUCCAACGUUGUUCGUAAGCCCAAUGAAUCCAUUUUCUGUGAAUUUAGUGGUGCUCUUGAACCCUCUGAAGAAGGUUCUGGUGAUGUCAAGUACCAUCUUGGUAUGAACUAUGUUCGUCCUACUCCCUCUGGUAAGCGCGUCCACCUUUCCUUGGUCGCCAAUCCCUCUCACUUGGAAGCCGUUGAUCCUGUUGUUCUCGGUAAGACUCGCGCUCUUCAAUUCUACGGUAAGGAUGCAAAGGGUGACAAGUCUAUGGCUGUCUUAAUUCACGGUGAUGCUGCCUUUGCUGGUCAAGGUGUUGUCUAUGAAACUAUGGGUUUCCAUGAUCUUCCUUCUUACUCUACUGGUGGUACCAUUCAUGUUGUUGUGAACAACCAAAUUGGUUUCACUACGGAUCCCCGUUAUGGUCGUUCCACUCCUUACUGUACUGAUAUUGCCAAGUCUAUCAAUGCUCCCAUCUUCCAUGUCAAUGGUGAUGAUGCUGAAGCUGUUACCUAUGUCAUGCAAUUGGCUGCUGACUGGCGUCAAACCUUCCACAAGGAUGUUGUGAUUGAUUUAGUCUGUUACCGUAAGCACGGUCACAACGAAACCGAUCAACCCAUGUUCACUCAACCUCGCAUGUACGAAGCCAUUGCCAAGCAAAAGCCUGUUGCUCAAAAGUACGAAGCUCAAUUGAAGGAAGAAGGUUCCUUGACUGAUGCUGAAAUCAAGGAAAACAAGAAGCGUGUCUGGGAUGUUCUUGAAGAAAGCUACUCUCGUAGCAAGGAUUACAAGCCUACUUCUACUGAAUGGCAAUCCAGUUCAUGGCCUGGUUUCAAGUCUCCCAAGGAAUUGGCUGAAGAAAAUUUGCCUCACUACCCUACAGGUAUCAGCCAAGAAACCAUCCAAACUGUUGCUAAUGCUUUGACUGUACUUCCUCACAACUUCAACAUUCACCGUAACUUGAAGCGUAUCCUUCAAAACCGUGAAAAGUCUUUGAAGUCUGGUAAGGACAUUGAUUGGUCUACUGCUGAAGCUUUGGCUUGGGGUUCCCUGCUUACUGAAGGCAAGCAUGUCCGUAUCUCUGGUCAAGACGUUGAACGUGGUACUUUCUCUCAACGUCACGCUGUUCUCCAUGACCAAAAGGAUGGUUCCAAGCACACUCUCUUGAACCACAUUAGCCCUGAACAAGGUGUUCUUUCCAUCUCUAACUCUUCUUUGUCUGAAUAUGGUGUCCUUGGUUUUGAAUUAGGUUACUCUCUUGUAAACCCUGACUCCCUUGUUGUCUGGGAAGCUCAAUUCGGUGAUUUUGCCAACACUGCUCAAGUGAUUGUCGAUCAAUUCUUGGCCUCUGGUGAACAAAAGUGGCUCCAACGUAGUGGUUUAGUGAUGUCUCUUCCUCACGGUUAUGAUGGUCAAGGUCCUGAACACUCUUCUGCCAGAAUUGAACGUUACCUCCAAAUGUGUGAUGACUACCCUUACACUUAUCCUUCUGCUGAAAAGUUGUCUAGACAACACCAAGACUGUAACAUGCAAGUUGUAUAUGCCUCUACUCCUUCUCAGUACUUCCAUGUCUUGCGUCGUCAAAUCUGCCGUCAAUUCCGUAAGCCUUUGAUCAUGCCCUUCUCUAAGUCAUUGCUCCGUCACCCUCUUGUCAAGUCUGAUGUGAGCGAAUUGAUUGGUGAUACUCACUUCCAACUUUACUUGCCUGAAGAACACCCUGAACACCUUGUUGCUCCUGAAAAGAUCAAGAAGCACAUCUUGUGUAGUGGUCAAGUUUACUACAACCUUCUCAAGGCCCGUGACCAAAACAAGAUUGACGAUGUUGCUAUCUCUCGUAUUGAACAAUUGAACCCCUUCCCUUACCAACAAGUCAAGGAACACGCUGACAAGUACCCCAAUGCUGAAAUUGUCUGGUGUCAAGAAGAACCUUUGAACAUGGGUGCAUGGCAACACGUUCAACCUCGUAUUGCUACCUCUUUGUCUCAAACUGAACACCAUGCUGGUAAGGCUCCUCGUUAUGCUGGUCGUGCUCCUUCUGCUUCUGUUGCUACUGGUAACAAGAAGAAGCAUUUCCAAGAAGAAUAUGGUCUUUUGGCUAAUGCUUUGACCGGUGAAUCUCGUCAACCUAAGGAAGUUACCUCUGGUACUCCCAUCUGGUAAAAAAAAAAAUCUUUUUUUUCUCCUUAUUUUUCUAUCUUUUAUUUAAUUAAAAUGAAACUGAAUUCAUGCAUCA